CUCGCGCUGUCAAGGGCCCCCAGAAGAGUGUCAAGGCCUUGAUCGAUGCUGUGAGCAGUUUGGGAAACAAGAAGGAGGUUUGCGAUACUUUGGAGCUCAACCACAUCAUGGAUCGUGAGAUCAACCACCUGUCUGGUGGAGAGCUGCAACGUUUCGCUAUUGGUACCGUCUGUGUCCGCAAGGCCGAUGUCUACAUGUUCGACGAGCCGUCUUCCUACCUCGAUGUCAAGCAGAGACUGGCUGCCGCUCGUAUCAUUCGCUCUCUGCUCCGCGACGACGACUACGUCAUCGUCGUCGAGCACGAUUUGUCAGUCCUGGAUUACCUCUCCGACUUCAUCUGUGUCCUUUACGGCCGCCCCGCCGUCUACGGUGUUGUCACCCUGCCGCAGUCCGUCCGCGAAGGUAUCAAUAUUUUCCUCGACGGUCACAUCCCUACCGAGAACUUGCGUUUCCGCGACGAGUCCCUGACCUUCAAGCUCUCCGAGGGCGCUGAUGAGUUCAUGAACGACAAGUCUCGUGCCUUCAAGUACCCCAAAAUGCAGAAGUCCAUGGGUAACUUCAAGCUCAGCAUCGAGUCUGGUGACUUCACCGACUCCGAGAUCAUUGUCAUGAUGGGAGAGAACGGAACCGGAAAGACCACCUUCUGCCGUCUCCUCGCUGGCGCUCUCAAGCCCGACACCAAGGCUGCCGUCCCCGAGAUGAAGAUCAGCAUGAAGCCCCAGACCAUCACCCCCAAGUUUGAGGGUACCGUUCGCCAGCUCUUCUUCAAGAAGAUCAGAGCCUCCUUCCUGUCGCCCCAGUUCCAGACCGAUGUCGUCAAGCCCCUGAAGCUCGAUGAUUUCAUUGAUCAGGAGGUCAAGAACUUGUCCGGUGGUGAACUUCAGCGUGUCGCCAUUGUCCUCGCCCUCGGUAUUCCCGCCGAUAUCUACCUCAUCGACGAGCCCUCUGCCUACCUCGACUCCGAGCAGCGUAUCAUUGCCUCCCGCGUCAUCAAGCGCUUCAUCAUGCACGCCAAGAAGACCGCCUUCAUCGUCGAGCACGAUUUCAUCAUGGCCACCUACCUCGCUGACCGCGUCAUCGUCUUUGACGGAAAGCCCGGUAUCGACGCUCAUGCCAACAAGCCCGAGUCUCUCCUGACCGGCUGCAACACUUUCUUGAAGAACCUCGACGUCUCCUUCCGUCGCGACCCCACCAACUACCGCCCUCGUAUCAACAAGGGCAACUCCCAGCUCGACCAGGAGCAGAAGGCCAACGGCAACUACGUAAGUUUUACACCUAUAUGCCACCUUAACCUCACCAGAGAGACUAAUACGAUUUGCAGUUCUUCCUGGACGACGGCGACAAGACGAGUUAAAGAGGGCAUCUAUAAAGAUGUUUUCCCUCGUCACGAUGCAUUCGACUCAGGCGUUAAGGGCGUUCAAAAGGGGCAUAAGCGGCAACCGGGGAGGCGCGCUUCCGGCGGUCAGGAUCAUGGUUUCGGUUUAGAGGAGGCGAGCGCGUCUGAGGACGACGCCGAUGGCGACGGAUAACAACGGCGACGGCAGUCUAUCCCCCGUUGCCUGGUCCUAUGGAGAUAAAACACAUUGGGUGUGUUUGACUG